CAACAUUUCCUGAGGUUGCAUAGUCCUUUUAACAGUAAAAAGAGCGGAAAACUGAAAAUGAUGAAGGCCACACGAUUGGAAGAGGGCAAUACAUCCAAGGCCCCGGUGCCAAUCCGUUCAAACAAAGGGAUUUCCGUGAUAGAUCUUGUAUUGCGCCUCGUUGGCAUUGCGGGUACUAUGGGUGCCGCCAUUGCCAUGGGAACUAACCAACAAACGCUGCCUUUCUUCACUCGGUUUGUGCAAUUCAGCGCAGAAUAUGACGAUUUUAGAUCUUUCAGGUUGUUUGUGAUCGUGAACGCAAUCGUUUGUGCGUAUUUUGUUCUCACAAUCCCGCUAUCCAUUGUUCAUAUUAUGAGGAGUGUGGCGAGAGGAACCAGAAUACUCUUAAUUAUCAUUGACACGGUCAUGCUAGCUCUUCUAACUGCGGGGGCAUCUGCGGCUGCAUCAAUAGUAUAUCUAGCUCACAACGGAAACAGUUCGACAAACUGGUUACCGGUGUGCCAACAAUAUGGGGACUUUUGUCAAGGUGCAUCCGGUUCACUCAUUGGAUCAUUUGGAGCAAUCGUCGUGUUUAUACUCUUAAUCUUGCUUGGUGCCAUGGCGUUAUCUCGACAAUCAAAAAGCAGGCUUUAAUGUAUACUCAAAUCGUUCGGAGUGGGCUACAACUUUGUGUGAUUUCACCUUGUGUUUCUUGAUUCUUGAUUGAUAUUGUGUGAAAUAUUGGCAUGAAAUGUAAUGAAAAGGUUUAAAGACAUAUAUUUGACAAUUUUUAUACAA